GACGGGGCCUCCGCGCGCAGCCAGCGGCGGUUGGCAGCGCGCGACCCGGCAGGCUGUUGGCUUGGGGACGUGCGAGUGGCGGCAGCGAGAACUGGCGCCAUGGUGGAGAAGGAGGAGGCCGGUGGCGGCAUCAGCGAGGAGGAGGCGGCACAGUAUGACCGGCAGAUCCGCCUGUGGGGAUUGGAGGCUCAGAAACGGCUUCGGGCCUCCCGUGUGCUUCUGGUUGGCAUGAAAGGACUUGGAGCUGAAAUUGCCAAGAAUCUCAUCUUGGCAGGAGUGAAAGGACUGACCAUGCUGGAUCACGAACAGGUAUCUCCAGAUGAUCCUGGAGCCCAAUUCCUGAUUCGUACUGGGUCCAUUGGCCGAAAUAGAGCUGAAGCUUCUUUGGAGAGAGCACAAAAUCUCAACCCCAUGGUGGAUGUGAAGGUGGACACUGAGGAUAUAGAGAAAAAACCUGAGUCAUUUUUCACUCAAUUUGAUGCUGUAUGCCUGACUUGCUGCUCCAGAGAUGUCAUAGUUAAAGUUGACCAGAUCUGUUACAAAAACAGCAUCAAAUUCUUCACAGGAGAUGUCUUUGGCUACCAUGGCUACACAUUUGCCAAUCUUGGAGAGCAUGAGUUUGUAGAGGAGAAAACCAAAGUUGCCAAAGUUAGCCAAGGAGUAGAAGAUGGGCCUGACACCAAGAGAGCAAAACUUGAUUCAUCUGAGACGACAAUGGUCAAAAAGAAAGUGGUUUUUUGCCCUGUCAAAGAGGCCCUGGAGGUGGACUGGAGCAGUGAGAAAGCAAAGGCCGCCCUGAAGCGCACAACCUCGGAUUACUUUCUCCUGCAAGUGCUCCUGAAAUUCCGCACAGAUAAAGGAAGAGAUCCUAGUUCUGAUACCUACGGGGAAGAUGCAGAGCUGCUGCUUCACAUUCGAAAUGAUGUGCUUGACUCCCUGGGUGUGAGUCCUGACCUGCUUCCUGAUGACUUUGUCAGGUACUGCUUCUCUGAGAUGGCCCCGGUGUGCGCAGUGGUUGGCGGGAUCUUGGCACAGGAAAUUGUGAAGGCCCUGUCACAGCGGGACCCUCCUCACAACAACUUCUUCUUCUUCGAUGGCAUGAAGGGCAACGGGACUGUGGAGUGCCUGGGCCCCGAGUGAGCCGGACGUGGCCCUCCGCGCCAAGAUGGAAGUGCAGCGCACCCGCCUGUGCUCCGCGUCCCGUGUGCCGGCUCCCGCAAGUGUGGGCUCGCGGAUGCUCCUUCUGCCGUCUCCAUCCUGACACCAUGAGCAUCGCCAGCCCCUGGGGACCUGCCCAGGAGCCUCUGUUGCCUUCUUGGACUUACUCCCCACCUGAUACCUAGAGCUGAGUGCAACUUCAGGUGGGGAGUAAGGCCUGAGCCGAGUGACACCCCGUGACUCCCGGUGCGCGCUCAGGCAGGUGCCCUUCUCGGCCGGCCUGACGGGCGGAAUUCCUUCCUCCAGAGUUGGACAUCCUGGAAAACAACAGGUGGCCUCGGGCGCUGCUCUUGAGUUUGAGUUUGGGAUUAGGCGAGCUCCAGCCCGGAUUUCGGGAGGGAGGAAGCACUGCCCCGGUCUGCGGCAAGUGGAGGGACAGGGAGAGCUCCUUUUAGAAAAGUGGGUCCCGCCCCACCGCGCGCAGCCGUCCUUCGUUCACCCCUGAAUCGCAGCUGUUGGUGUUUUACAUAUUUUCUACAUGGUUCUUUAAUAAGGAAUGAUAAUAAAGUUACUUGCUUUAGG